AAGGGUAAAGGCGGUGCGAUCGUCAUUAGGUUUUUCCAAAGGAGAUAGAGAGAGAGGUCCCAUGGAUGAGAGCUUCGAGGUGCGAGUGAAGCGGCUCUUUGGCUCCCGGCUCUUCGACUCCGUCCCAGGGAGCUCCUUCCCGGCGUCUUCCUGGUCCGUCGCCGAUGGCAAGGUCGCGCGCAGCGAGUGGAACCGAGAGCGCGGGGCCGGCCACGACCGCGAUGAGAAUCCCUGCUCCUCUGCCUUCGCAGAGGGCGGAUGCUUCGCGAAGAAGCUCAAGAGCGCCAGGGAUCCCAAGAAGGGUCAGUUCGAAGACGAUCUCGACGAGCUGGAUGACGGCGAUGAUGAUGGCUGUGGCGGAGGCGGGGAAGACGGCGGGGAUGAUGGGGACAGGGAGGAGAGGGAGAUCAGGUCUUCCAUCGGGAUGGAUCCAACCCUAGAUAACGAGGAUGAGGAGGAUGAAUACGACAGAACAGCAAUUGGCAUGGAGAAUGCUGGAGAUCGGUUGUAUAUGAGGGAUGUCACAGAUCAUGGCCCUCGCAUAAAUUUCCACACUCUAGUUCCUGAUUUUCCUGCGGAUUCCUAUGAGGAGAGCCAUGAUUUUCACAGGGAUCCACGUGCAGAUCACUUUGCUGCAAGCGUAAGGCUCAAAGAAGAUGAGAAAGCUGCAGUUAACUGCCAUUCCCUUCAAACUCAUGAUAGCAGAGAGCCUGCUGUAGAUUUACAAGUUAAGAUAGCCGAGGAUGAUACCAAUUUAAAGCCCAUCCUGAAAAGAAAAAAGGAACAGAACGAUUCAAAGCCGAAAAAACGUGUUAGGUUUGAUCCUGGAUGUAAAGAUGUCGAUGCUGAGGUGAAUGAAGAAUGUGAAGGCCUUCGCACGGUUCCACAGUUUAUGAAAACUGCUGAAGCCACUGAAAUGUCGAUCCCUGAAGAGUCCUGUGGGGUUCCUGAUUAUAUAAGAAAUCCCUCCAAGUAUACCCGCUAUACUUUUGACUCAUCAGAGGAGGUUGAUGACAAAAUUAACGGGCAGGCUUUUGCAGACUUUUGUAACUUGGUGAAGAGGUCAAACCCUGAUCGGAUGCAGCCUGAGUUUCCUGUGGAACUUCCAAAGUCUGUGAUAUUCACCCCUCGAAAGAAAGCUGCUGAUGCUAUGGCGGUGGAUGAUAGCUUGGAAAAUACUCGGGACUCUUCUAGAGAGUUAGGUCUGGUAUCAGUUUGUUCCACAGGCAUUGCUGCAGAGGACCAAGAGAGUGAUGCAUGUGAUAUGGAGGAAGAUGAUAUGGAAGAGUCUACGGUAGCAGCCAGUAUCAGCUCAAGGAAGGUAGGUCGCACAUAUCGGACAAAGUCAGCAUCAGAUGAUACUACUUGAUUGUUCUGUUGUACCGAACCGUUGUAGGCUGAUACAUGCGUUCAGCGAUGUCAUAAUCAGCACGUUAGGUCACAGGGUUGAGAUGUCCAUUAUGUAAGAUAAUGUCCAUUUAGUAAUGUAACUCUAUUUUUCUUUUUGGCCCCUCUCUCACUGAGUUCCUUGGCAAUGGAUCACGAAUGCCCUGGAUUCAAACAUAAAACAUGUUUAUUUCAUCAAUCUUUCUCGUGUUAUUAUGGUAGACUAUUGCAGAUUCAAUUU